UUGAACAGUGACUCCGCCCACAGGAUGUGAGGUCACCAGUGGUCACAUGACCGUUAUGGAGAAGAAAAAAUACCAGUGAUGAUAAUUGACCACGUGCGGCUGUAUCAGGAGUAUGCAGGACACGGAGGAGCCUGGGGGGAGCACCUCGGACGUCUUACGCACUGAGGCAAACACAGUCCUUACACCAUGUCGGGAGAGAGCUGCUGCCAGACGCAACUCAGCUGAGACCCCCAGGCGUCGGCGGAAACCCACCAAAACACGCCGGAAUCCAAUAUCCAGUUCUCCAGAAAGACUUUCUCUAAACAUUUUCAGUUGUAAUGACCUUAUUGCAUGUCCUCAAGAUAACGACUCGUGUGUGAAGAGUGAACCUUCUCAUGAAAACCUGCUUGAACUUUUACAUCUGGAAGGGAACGCAGCGGUAAGUUCCCCCAGGGUUCCCCCAGCGGCAUCUGUAACAGCUGAGACAACCCACAAUGAGGAUUCUCUGCCAUCAGACAGACACGCGGGCUCUCAGAGGAGACACAGCACAAAGGCAAAGCCGUUCCUGUGCACAGUCUGUGGGAAGAGAUUCAGCCAGAAGUCUCUACUUAUUCAGCAUCACCGGAACCACACCGGAGAGAGGCCCUAUCCCUGCAAGGAGUGCGGGAAAAGCUUCACCUCCUGCUCUCUGCUCAUCCGACACCACAAAAUCCACACUGGCGAGAAGCCCUUUGCUUGUGCAGACUGUGGCAAAUGUUUCAGUGAAAGUUCCCAACUUGUCCGACAUCAGAGAACUCACACAGGCGAACGGCCUUACACAUGUAUAGAGUGCGGCAAGAGCUUCAGUGAGAGCUCCAAGCUGGUCAUACACCAGAGAACACACACAGGCGAGCGGCCAUAUUUAUGUAGUGACUGCGGCAAGAGCUUCAGCGUCCGCUCGCAUCUCAUCACGCAUAAGAGAACUCACACCGGGGAAAGGCCGUACACCUGCAAUCAGUGUGGCAAGAGCUUUAGUGAGAGCUCCAAGCUGGUAAUGCACCAGCGGAUACAUACCGGAGAGAAGCCCUACACCUGCACCGCUUGUGGGAAGAGCUUCAGUCAGAGGUCCGUGCUGGUGACACACCAGCGGAUUCACACCGGAGAGAAACCUUACACCUGCCCGGAAUGUGGCAAAUGUUUCAUCGAUAAGGUGGGAUGUGACCGACAUCGUGUCACCCAUAGUAAUGAGAAGCCUUUCCAAUGCCUGCUCUGCGGCAAGAACUUCAGCCGCAACUCCGAUUAUAACAAACACCAGCGGACGCAUACUGGAGAGAAGCCCUAUACUUGCAUGCAGUGUGGGAAAAACUUCAGCUGGAGUUACCAGCUCGCACGACACCAGCGGGUACACACCGGAGAGAAACCAUACACGUGUAUUGAGUGUGGUCGGAGCUUUUGUUGGAGCUAUCAGCUAGUGACACAUCAAAGGUCACACAUGGUGGAAAACUCCUACAUGUAGGCCCACGGCAAAGAAGAAGUAACACUCUGUAUCACUAACCUGGGAGACGUAACCAGCGGAGUGCCUCAUAUGAGUGACCAGCAGAGUGCCUCAUAUCACCAUAUGAGGGACCAGCGGAGCGCCUUGUGUCACCAUAUGAGAGACCAGCGGAGCACCUCGUGUCACCAUAUGAGAGACCAGCGGAGCAGCUCGUGUCACCACAUGAGGGACCAGCAGGUCACAGCAUAUCACCAUGUCAGGGAAGAGCACGUUGAGUCUUCUCAGAACAUAAAAUGAUCAUGUAUGAAAUACAUUGUACUUAGUUUCCAUGAGUUGCAGAAUGCAGGAGUAAUGGGGAGUAACAGGGGAAUCUUCCUGAAAUGUGGCUGUUACAAAACCCGUUGAAAGAGGAAAUAUAAACUCUGCCUGCUACAAAGACCAAGGGGUUCUCUUACUGUCGUAAUCAGCCGGAAUCUUGCUGUCAUAGUUGGGAAUUUAAGGGGCGAUUCCACUUUAGAGUCUUUGGGACUCUGUGCUCGAUCAGAGUCUCGGGGAUGUCUGGCUUCUGUAUCGAGCACUCAUGGUCUCAUUGAUCUCUCCUGUACCAUCUGUAAUAGAUCAGACUGUACUAUGUAUUCUAUGUAUGUCACAGGUUGUGUAGAGUGUGAGCUGCGGUGCACUCUCAUGAGUUAUUCAUUGGUUAUCUUUAACUGUGAGAAGGUUCUCAAGACCGCUGACCCAGACAUUAGUGGAAAAGGCCGCUCAGAUUGUCGGGAACCGUGCUUCAAUCAGGCCGAUGGGUGAAAUAUGUUGAGAUACAUUCAGGCUGGUGGACUGGCAUACACGUCUUUCUGAAUGUUCUUAGUGCAAUUUAAAGUACAGGUCUAGAUGCUCUCAGGCUCCUGGCCUAGCCCAUAGUAUUGAGAAACGGAGAGAUCAGCUGUUAAUAGUAAAUAGCGUUUCUCCCCCUCAUUACCUGAGACUUCAUAUCCCCGCUUCAGCAGCUUAAUGAGUUAGUGUAUUCCGGGGCAUAUUGGCGCGGUUAGAGGGGGAGGCGCUAUCCAUAGCUACGAGCAGGGUAUGGCAGGGCACUUGUUACAUGUAGAUCAGUAGUUUGUGUGUAGUAGUGUCAUGUUUACACUGUAGUGUGCAUUGUUAUGCUGUGCUGAUACUUUUACUCCUUAUUAAUCAUAUUUUCUUUUUAAUGGUGAAGAAAUACUCAGCGUUUUAAGAGUUCAUGUCUUUGAAUGACUUAAUUUCUUUAAUAUAGUAAGUGUGAAAGUAAAUAUGUAUCUGCAUUGACAGUAAAUGAUGUGACUAUAAGGUGUGGGUGUACAUAAGAGGAGUGUUUGGGGAGGGUUACUGGCCCUGUGUAAAUGCGGCGAGUAUAACACAGUGGGAGGCGGGUGUACAAGUCUACAGUAUGUACAGUACAUGAAAUAUAACAUGUGUAUACAGGGGAGGGGGGAUUAUAUCAUGUCUGUAUAAUCAUUAUUAUUUAUCUGUAUAUAAAUAGAAUAUAUCAUGGGAUAGGGUGUCCUGGUCUGUGCUGGUCUAUAGAAAUGGAGGAUUAUUAUACAGUGGGAUGGAGGUUAUUGGCCUUAGAUAAAUGGAAUAAUUAAUAAGUAUAACAUAAUGGGAAAGGUGACCAAUCUAUACACAUGUAAUAAUAAUAAUAAUAAUAAUUGUAUUUAUAUAGCGCUCUUUCUCCAACAGGACUCAAGGCGCUUUACAGAUAUCAAAAACAAUGUACAUAAUACAGAAUAUUUAAGUAAAACAGAAAUAGAUCAGCCACACAGACAUAAUAAAGAAAACCUUAUGCACACAGAAGCAUUAUGCAGGAUUGGUGAAGGCAUUUUGGGUAAUAACUUCCACGGGUUGUGUAUUCCACCCUCACAAGGUAUCAGGUGCGGCAGCCAUCUUGGGCGCUCAGCGUAGGGUUACCCAGGGUGGAAUAGUCCACCCCUAGAAGAGAUGACACAAAAUGGGGGUGAUUUCAGAGUCCUAAGGUUCACAGUAGAGUUCCAACAAAACCAUCAGGUCCAUGUAUUUUUCAUCCCAUCCACAAGCCACCAGAUGGGGCAGCCAUGUUGGGCGCACUUCGAAGGUUGAACUGUGGGAGGUGAGCCAUACAAGGGCCCAGUGCAUAUACAGUAUGAGAAAACGGACACGUGUGCAAUCAGUGGAGGUACACAGUGCAGGAAAAACACAGGUGGGUGGUAGUGGGAAUUUUUUUUAUAUAUAUUUGGGGUGGAUAACGUGUCCUGGUGUAUAUUCACACUGCCUGCAUGUUCCUUUCAGCGUCACAGUUGGAAAGAUGUGAGUGGGAUUAUAAUAUGGAGCAUGUCCUGGUCUUUAUAUAUGUAUGCUAUUAUAUGAUACAGUGGGUUUGAGAAGCCCUGUUCUACACUGGUGGAGUAUAACAUGGUGGGAUGCUGUGUCCUUGUUUAUAUCAAUAUGAUUAUUAUAAUUUAUGUAUUAAUAGAAUACAUUAGGGUAUGUUACACAGUGGGAUGUAGUUAUCAUUGUAUCAGAAUUAUUUAUGUAUAAGGCUGCACAGAGUUUUCCGUGUCUGACAGUUGGUGUUAAACAUGGACGUACAUGGCUGACCAAGAAGCUACAGGCAUGAAAUGAUUGCACAAUGGCCCUACUAUUAGAGCUAAUACCCAAAGCUGAGAUGCUAGGAAUUAGUUCCAUGGGGCAGUAGCUGCUCGUGCACAGAGCAUACUUUCAGGUAGAUGUAGGGUUGACUGGAAGAGGGGAAUUUUGAGAGAUGGAAGGUUGGGGGAGAACCUGGUCACACAGGAUAGGGAGUACAGUAAAAGUGGAGGUCAUAGAGGAGAGAGUGAUGUAAUCAGAGAUGAAGCAAUGUACAGAUUAGAGGCUGAUCUAAGAGCAUUAGCGGCAAUAUCAUAUAUGAGAGUGAGGUUUUGGUGAUGGUGGUUUGCACAGUGGUAUGGAGGGAGGAAGAAAAGUGUCAUGGUCUUUAGGAUGGGUUACUGCCGGGGUAGGUGGGGGAGGACGUUAUAAUAGUCAUGUCAGGAGAUAUGUCAAUCCGGUAUUGGCUGCAUCCUAGAAGAAGAUCAGGAAUUAAGGAGCAGGAGGUUGGGAGAGAUGUCUUAGAGAGGUAGUAUUAGUCAAGAUGGACAAUGAGAGAUUGAUAAAGGUUUUGGCUUUCUAAUGAUAAUCACUUGGCCCAGGAACAAGACAAGAGCAACAUGAUUCUUGAUGCACCAAGGAGAAAUAUUGAAACAAAUUAUGUCAUGCUUGGUUUUCAUAUUUUGACUGAGAUUUCCUGUUUGGAUGCGUCAUAGAAUGGCGCACAGCGGGAUCCAGAUUCAGCCAGAUGGCCUUAUACCGUAAGUGCAGUGAUUAUCUAGAAAUACUUACCCAGCUAGAUAACAUCUAAAAUGUUCAAGAGAAUCCUCAAUACCUCAGAAUUCAGCAAUAAAUGUUCCACUUUCUCCCAAAAUCUUUUACUACUUUACCAAGAUCCUACAGUUUAUGGAUUAAUGGUGCAUAUUUAUGUGAUCUAAGUACAAACACCAUAAUCCUCAAAAUAUCAGAUUACUGUAAUUCAGUCAAAGGGAUAUUCUAUGGUGAGAGACCAUAUACUUACUCUUCAAACUACUCAAUUACUCCAACCAUGUUUGACCUAAGUAUAAUCUCCAUUGAAAGAUGCAAUUAGCUGUAUCAUCAUGCAUCAUAACGGGUUGCAGUUAGUCCAGGUCCUUCAAGAGUUUCCUCCAGACGAUGCCCUGCUGGUAAUGUCAUUGCACAAUAUGGAUUUCUCAUAUCUUAAAAUUCCAAAAUAGCACUAAUUAUUUGGGGUGUCACAAAGCCUCUUCAGCACUGUACAAGUGGGUAAGUAUAAAAACAUUGUAAAUUACAGAGUACAAGCAGAAGUACAAUAAAAAACAACAAUAGCAUGUGUACAGGACAUUGCUAUGACUCCAAAGACUGGGCUGGACAAAUAACAGAAGUAAGGGUAGGGUAACCCACUGUAUCUCGAUUAGAAAGAGUAAGCAGUGGUAAAUCAUGGGGAGGUGGCGGGGAGAAGUGGAAAAUUGUAAGGCAAUAGAUCAUCCUAAUACCUUCAAAGGAUGGACAGGGACA